AUGUCAACCUUACCGAUUUUACGUUCAACUUUCGCCUCAAGCUCGCGCAGCACAAUACUCCGAGCACCAAGGAUCAUAGCCCCAAAGACACUCCCUCAUCUAUCCAACUCUCCUUCCCUCACUCGACAGAUACACAGUCGAUCCCUCUCCCCUCCCCGAACUCUAAUAACAGCUCAUCAUUCUCAACGUAAAAUUAGCGUCAGACAACUCUCAACUACAUCAUCCAAACUCAACGCCAACACCUCAUCGUCCCAAUCCCAAUCCCAGUCCGAGGCUGAGUUUGAACCCUCGCCCAAUCCAUCAAGCGUGACAGCCCGACUCAAACUCCUUUUUAAGAAAUACGGAUGGUACGCUCUCGGUAUAUACACCGUCCUAUCUACCAUCGACUGUUCACUCACAUUCAUCGCCGUUCAUACACUCGGAGCAGAGAAGUUCGAACCUAUAUUUGACAGUGUCAUCCAAUUCUACCGAGUAAAGAGAUACGGUGAAGAAGAAGCUGAUAAUCUGAAAAAAGUAGAUGAGGAGAAGAAAGCAGAGGAACUGGAAAAGGCGAGGGUCGAAGGUGCAGCUGAUAAAGAGAAGAACAAAUGGUUUGGUAAAACCUUCUGGGCAGAGUUAGCUCUAGCAUACGCCAUUCAUAAGACGUUGUUGUUGCCCGUUAGAGCGGGGUUGACGGUUGCGUGGACACCGAAGAUUGUCAAUUGGUUGGCCAGUAGAGGAUGGGUAGGGAAGGGCGGUCUCACUCGAGCUGCGACUCACGCUCAAGGCAAGGUGAAAGACGCAUCUGAAAGAGUUAAGGACAGAGUGAAACGGAAUUAG